AUGUUAGAUGAAAUUCAUAGACAAGAACGUGAAGAGCUAGAGAACAAGCUUGAAGCAAAAGACAAAAGCAUUCAGAAAAGAAUACCACGUUCGGUACCAAAAGGAAAGGAAAAGAACUAUAAGUAUAUGAUUUAUACUGAAGAGAUGGAAAAUGAAGAAGAUAAAGAUAUGGUUAUGUUGCAUUUAGUCAGAAGAAACAACAAAAGCUUUUACGACCUUGCUAAGAUUUACAAAUCUGACAGAAAUUGGUUCUAUCGCGAAAACUUACCGAUUUCAAUGACCCCAAAUGAAGAUGUGAAACAAAUAGUUCAAGAUACUUUACCUCAAACACACUAUGAUAUUAAAGGUUGUACAAUACUUACCUUCAAAGAAGAUUUGCCAUUGUUAAAGGAAAAAAUAACAGAGUAUUUUGACAACUUCAAACAAGUAGAGUAG